AUGCUGACGAAGCUCAAAGUGUCCCUGCAUUAUGUUCUACUUUUAAUGGUCGCGUUCCCGACGCGUUACGUGACAUGUCGCGACGGGGAAUCCCCGCUGCCCGGCACGUCCGCGUGGCCGUUUUCGACACGUUUCGAGAAAAAAAAAAAACUGUUCGCCCGCCUUUCGAAUGUUUGCGGAGCGGAGCCGCGCGUGCUCUAUCGCCGGGCGGGAGCUUUACAUGUGCACCUCGAGGGCCGAGAUUUGGUGACCGAAUUAUCCAGUGAGCGAAACUCGCGAGCUAAUCAAUUGGCGCACGCGCGCACACACGCGAACGGACACGGCCGUGGUAACGGCGUUAUCUAUGUGAUAGUGCACCCUUGCAGUUUUUCGCCUAGGUCCCUGUCUAGUGCAUGGAAAAGCGAGCUCGGGUAUCAACUGGCGCGGUCGAGUGAACGAUCUUUCGGAGUUCGCGAAAAAAAACCAAAAAAAAAUCGCCAGCCAGCGGCCAAUGCACCGCGGGAGCAGUACGCGGUGCGGCUGCGUUGGCUCGCAAAAAACUCGGGGUUAACGACCCCGCCGCGUGUCCUUCGAACGCGCGCCCGUGUGAGUGAGUGCGUACUCGGCCCGCGUGAAGACGCUCGCAUUUCCGGCGCGCGUGUGCGUGACGCGCCCGUGAGUGCGUCGCACGUCGCUCACGCAAAAAAUGUGCGUCGUGCGUGCGCGCGCCUGUGUGCGUGCACGGGUUACCCGUUUCGCUCU